AUGUCGGAACACCAAGACACGUCCAACCCCAACACGGCCGUCCCCGCGCCCGUCGCUCAGCAGCCCUCUGCGACGCCGCAACAGCAGUCGCAGCAACAACAGCAGACUCCCAUCGAUCAGUCGACGGCAAACGUUGCAGCGCAGGCUCAGGCUGCCGCCGCCGCAGCCAUCGGAGUGAGUAACGCGCAGAACGGCAACAACGUUGCGCGAUCAUCGAGUAGUGGUGAGGAUCUCGCUUGUCACUGGCAAGGAUGCUCGGAACGCUGUCCCACGCCAGAGGCCCUAUACGAACACGUUUGUGAAAGACAUGUUGGCCGUAAGAGCACCAACAACCUCAACCUGACCUGCCAAUGGGGCAGCUGCCGUACCACGACGGUCAAGCGCGACCACAUCACGUCGCAUAUCCGAGUCCAUGUUCCCUUGAAGCCUCACAAGUGUGACUUCUGUGGAAAGGCCUUCAAGCGUCCCCAGGAUCUGAAGAAGCAUGUCAAGACCCAUGCGGAUGACUCGGUUCUCGUGCGAUCUCCCGAGCCUGGCUCGAGGAACCCCGAUGUCGUGUUUGGCGUGCCGGGUAACCCCAAGGGCUUCCCCACCGGAGGUCACUACUUCGAGCCUGCGAUCAACGCCAUGCCACCCCAGGGUUAUAGCCACGGAGCUCCGCAGUACUAUCAUUCCCAGCAGCCACAGCAGCCAUCCAACCCUUCGUAUGGCAAUGUCUACUAUACCCUCAGCCAAGGCCCCGAUGUGAAUCAAGCCUCGUAUGAAUCUAAGAAGCGUGGCUACGAGGCGCUUAACGAGUUCUUUGGCGAUCUGAAGAGACGCCAGUUCGAUCCCUCCUCCUAUGCUGCGGUCGGCCAGCGUCUACUGAGCCUGCAUGGUCUCCAACUGCCGCUAAUCAACCAUGCCGUUCCUGAAUAUCAGCAUGUACCUGCUGCUGUUGCAGUUGGUAGUCCCGGUGGUGGCUACAGUCCUGGUGGUUCUAUGCCGAGUCACGGUUACCACCUUCCCCCAAUGGCCAAUGCGCGCACCAAGAAUGAUCUGAUCAACCUCGAUCAAUUCCUGGAGCAGAUGCAGGCCACCGUCUAUGAAAACGAUGACCAUGUGGCCGCGGCCGGUGUCGCUCAGCCGGGGGCACACUACGUCCAGGGCAACAUGAGCUACCGGACGACAAAUUCCCCUCCUACUCAGUUGCCGUCUAGCCAUGCUACCGCGACGACUACCGGUGCCCCCGGAAUGAGCAGCACUACGGCUCAUUCUCCCUCGACCGGCACUCCCGCGCUCACGCCGCCCUCCAGCGCACAGUCGUACACUCCUGGCCGCUCCCCGAUCCAUCGUGUUUCUCCGCCCAAUGAGGCCGGUUCAAGCAUGUAUCCCCGAUUGCCGUCGACCACGAUGCCGGAUAGCAUGUCAGCCGGCUACCCUAGCACGACCAGUGCUGCGCCUGCUUCGACGUUGGGCGGCAUUUUCGACAACGAUGACCGGAGACGCUAUGGCGGCAACAAUCUCCAGCGAGCCCGUCCCGACAGUGCAUCUCAGGCGAUGGAUCUGUCGCUUGAUGAUGAAGCGCGCACUCCGCCCGCCAAGGGACUGGAAGCCCGCCAGCCGUCGCCCGAGGGCAUCUCCUCGAGCCUCAUCGACCCGGCUCUGCACCGCAGCAGCUCCCCUGACGCUGAGGCGGCCUUGCGGGCUGCCCAGGCGGCCACGGAAGCGGCUGACCGCGCGGAGGAGCAAUGGGUUGAGCACGUGCGCCUGAUCGAGAAUCUGCGCAAGUACAUCAGCUUCCGGUUGGAGAAUGGCGACUUUGAGGACUCCGAGAAGAGCACGCCCCGGUCGGCGGGGGAGACUGCGCACGAGGGCCGUAUGGAGGGCGUGGAGGACGAGUCCGCUGCGGAGAUCAAGGUCCAGCCAGCGGAGUCGCCCGCCAAGGCAGAGCCCAGUGCUCCCCUGUAUCCGACCCUACGAGGGCUGGAGGAUGGCGAUUCCACGAUGACGGGCGAGGACAACUAA